AUUUUUUUCAAAAGUUAGAUAAUGUAAGAUUAUAUAGUGGAGCCGUUGGGAGCAGUUGAAGGGGCCUAUAAAACGCAGCUCAAGUGUACACUAAGAGGCCUUACUGUUGUUGAGAAACCAGGAUUCUCUGUGAUCAAAGGGCGAACCGAGAAUCGAAUCGGAAGUGGAAUACAGUGAAUUGGGGUUUCGUCUUUCUUACCCUACCCUCUCCCCUUCUCCCUUACCUCGCUCUCCCCACCUCUUAACUUUCUCUCUCUAUAAAGAGGGAGGAUUUUCAACCCAAAAACGGAAAAACAAAAUAGAGUAAUGUUUUACUUAUAGUUUUUUAUUUUAUUUUUAUAUAUAUUUAUAGGUAUAUAUAUAUAUAUAUAUAUAGAUAUAGGUAUAUAAAUCAGCACCAAAUAGGAGUGAAAAGGGUCUUUUCUUCAAUCUCUCUAGAAUUUCUCUGCACAAGCCUCUCUGAGAUUGCUGCUUUUGAGGGUCUUCGCCGCUUUCGGAUGCGGCACUGCUUUUCUCGGUGCAGAUUGGUGGCGCAUUAAAGUGGAGGCUUUGAGGCUAGGCUCAAGUGUUGACAGGAAUAGAUAUACUUAGCUGGAGAUUUCCGCAAUUAUUUCUUGCAUUUAAGUCUUUCCGCUGCCAUAUCUCGGAAUGGAGAAUUCUUAAACCUCUGAUUCAACUGUACCCUGUUCUUCCUUUCUCUCUAUAGUCAACACAGGAUCAUUCAUAUUUACACAACGCCUUGUUUCUGGUUCCGAAAGCAAGGAAAAUCAACUGAAGCAAAGGACGACUUUCAAAUUUGCACGCAUUCGUCUAUUGACGAGUCUCUGAUUUCUUCAAUCUGCUAGCGAAAGAGACAUCUCAAACAAGAUCUCGUGGGAUUUGGACGUAGUCUUGACGGGAAACGAAGACAAUGUUGCCUCAGAAGCAAGCAGAAGAAGCAAUUGUCUCGAACAUCAGCGAGGCAGACCAUGAGGGGAAGGAGGAUAAGGAAGAAGAUGAGUCGUUUUUUAGCAUCAGGAACGCCCUCUGGCACGGUGGCUCCGCUUGGGAUGCCUGGUUCAGUUGCGCCUCGAAUCAAGUGGCACAAGUUCUGUUGACACUGCCCUACUCCUUCUCUCAGCUGGGCAUGCUAUCAGGGAUCAUAUUCCAGAUAUUCUAUGGCCUCGUGGGAAGCUGGACAGCCUACCUCAUCAGUGUUCUCUACAUAGAGUAUCGAAGUCGGAAGGAGAAAGAGAAUGUUAGCUUCAAGAACCAUGUCAUACAGUGGUUUGAAGUGCUUGAUGGGUUAUUGGGUCCUUACUGGAAAGCAGUGGGUCUGGCCUUCAACUGUACUUUCCUCCUCUUUGGAUCUGUCAUUCAGCUGAUAGCGUGUGCAAGUAACAUAUACUAUAUCAAUGACAAAUUGGAUAAGAGGACAUGGACUUACAUAUUUGGAGCUUGCUGUGCUACUACUGUGUUCAUACCCUCCUUUCACAACUACCGAAUUUGGUCUUUUCUGGGUCUUGGCAUGACCACCUACACAGCAUGGUACUUGGCCAUCGCAGCUCUAAUUCACGGACAGUCUGAAGGAGUGGCACACUCAGCUCCAACAAAGCUAGUGCUGUAUUUUACUGGCGCCACCAACAUCCUCUACACCUUUGGUGGACAUGCUGUUACUGUGGAAAUCAUGCACGCCAUGUGGAAACCCCAGAAAUUCAAGUACAUAUACUUAAUGGCCACACUCUACGUUUUCACUCUAACACUUCCCUCAGCUUCCGCCGUCUACUGGGCUUUUGGGGACGAGCUUCUCAAUCACUCUAACGCCUUCUCCCUCCUUCCCAAGACCCGCUGGCGCGAUGCGGCUGUUAUCCUAAUGCUCAUUCACCAGUUUAUUACAUUUGGGUUCGCAUGUACGCCACUGUACUUCGUGUGGGAGAAGGUGAUAGGGAUGCAUGACACAAGGAGCAUCUGUUUGAGGGCACUGGCCAGACUCCCAGUUGUUAUCCCGAUAUGGUUCUUGGCCAUAAUCUUCCCCUUCUUUGGCCCUAUUAACUCUGCCGUCGGGGCCCUUUUGGUUAGCUUCACUGUCUACAUCAUCCCAUCUCUGGCUCAUAUGCUCACUUACAGAAAGGCCUCUGCCCGUCAGAAUGCUGCGGAGAAGCCCCCUUUCUUCCUUCCAAGCUGGACGGCAAUGUAUGUGGUCAACACCUUUGUGGUGGUGUGGGUGCUUGUGGUUGGGUUUGGGUUCGGUGGUUGGGCCAGCAUGACCAACUUCGUCAGGCAAGUUGACACAUUUGGACUCUUCGCUAAGUGCUAUCAGUGCAAGCCUCCCACGCCUCAACAUCCUUCUCCUCCCCCGCAUCACUGAGCUCACUCAGAGUUUAACUCACACCGAGUUACUAAACCAGACACCCCUCCUCUUCCUCCAUAUUUUGUAUCAUACAUGGGGAGGUUGCAAUACUCUCCCCUACAAUGUGAUGUGAUGUUUGCUGGAUUUUCCCCUUUUUUUAUUUUCUAUUUUUUUUCUUUAAUUUAUUAGAUAAAAUAGUGUGUUGAAUUGUGAUGAUUCCAUUGCUCUCAAAGCAUUGGCUAAUUAAAAUCAAAUAUAUCUUUAAGUUUUUUUUUUU